CCCGGGCCGGCUCCUCCAGGCGCUCGCAGGCAUGCAGCCCGGGAGCAGGCGGCGCGCCCCGGGCCGCUGCUGAGCCGGCCGGGGCGGCGGGGACCAGCGCCUGCCGAGCCCCUCCCACUUUGCCCCGGGGCCGAACAGCGGCGCCCCGGCAACCCCUCUUCGCCCGCAGCCCUGUCAGCGCCACCCCCCCGAGGGCUGCAGGGGCUCAUGCAGCCGCCAAGAUCGUCUGGAAGGAGAGAGUGGUUCCAGGCCUGCAGAUGAAAUGAAGGCUUUGCAAAGAGAUGGCAAACAAAUGGUGAUUAAUGGCUGGACCAGCUUGAGUGAGCAAGAAGAUGCAUGUUAAGCUUUUGCAGGGGGAGAGGCUAGUGGUAACAGGCCGAGCUGGAUGGAUGGGUAUGGGGAGAGGGGCAGGACGUUCAGCCCUGGGAUUCUGGCCGACCCUCGCCUUCCUUCUCUGCAGCUUCCCCGCAGCCACCUCCCCGUGCAAGAUCCUCAAGUGCAACUCUGAGUUCUGGAGCGCCACAGCGGGCAGCCACGCACCAGCCCCAGACGACACCCCUGAGUUCUGUGCCGCGCUGCGCACCUACGCCCUGUGCACGCGGCGCACGGCCCGCACCUGCAGGGGCGACCUGGCCUACCACUCGGCCGUCCAUGGCAUCGAGGACCUCAUGAGCCAGCACAACUGCUCCAAGGAUGGCCCCACGUCGCAGCCUCACCUGCGCACACUGCCGCCUCCGGGGGACAGCCAGGAGCGCUCGGACAGCCCUGAGAUCUGCCACUAUGAGAAGAGUUUCCACAAUCGCGCAGCCGCCCCCAACUACACACACUGCGGCCUCUUCGGGGACCCACACCUCCGGACUUUCACAGACCGCUUCCAGACCUGCAAGGUGCAGGGCGCCUGGCCCCUCAUCGACAAUAAUUACCUGAACGUGCAGGUCACCAACACGCCGGUGCUGCCUGGCUCGGCUGCCACCGCCACCAGCAAGCUCACCAUCAUCUUCAAGAACUUCCAGGAGUGCGUGGACCAGAAGGUGUACCAGGCCGAGAUGGACGAGCUCCCGGCCGCCUUUGCCGACGGCUCCAAGAACGGCGGGGACAAGCACGGGGCCAACAGCCUGAAGAUCACGGAGAAGGUGUCAGGCCAGCACGUGGAGAUCCAGGCCAAGUACAUCGGCACCACCAUCGUGGUCCGCCAGGUGGGCCGCUACCUGACGUUCGCCGUCCGCAUGCCCGAGGAGGUGGUCAACGCCGUGGAAGACCGGGACAGCCAGGGGCUCUACCUCUGCCUGCGGGGCUGCCCCCUCAACCAGCAGAUCGACUUCCAGGCCUUCCGAGGCAGCGCCGAGGGCCCAGGUACCCGCAGGCCGGCCGCCGCCAGCCCCGCACCCUCGGCCCCCGACACGUUCCCGUAUGAGACGGCCGUAGCCAAGUGUAAGGAGAAGCUGCCUGUGGAGGACCUCUACUACCAGGCCUGCGUCUUCGACCUGCUCACCACGGGAGAUGUGAACUUCACACUGGCUGCCUACUAUGCCCUGGAGGACGUCAAGAUGCUCCACUCCAACAAGGACAAGCUGCACCUCUACGAGAGGACUCGGGAGCCACCGGGCCGGGCAGCUGCUGCAGGCCUGCCCCCGGCCCCCCGGCCCCUCCUCGGCAGCCUCCUGCUCCUGCCCCUGCUCCUUGUGCUCCUGGAGGCCGCUUAGGAUGGAGAGCCAGGUGUCCGCGGAGCUGCUUGGCGGCUGCACAAGGGCUGGUGGCCGCCGGUGGCCCUGAGGGCUCAGCAGGGCUCAGGAGCCCCGGCAGGCAGCCGCAUGGGACCGUUACCUCCUCCGAGCUGCCUUGGGCCGCCUGCUGGCAAGGGCUGGGGGCGUGGGGCGUGGCGUCCCCUCCCCUCCCCGGGGCCUGUGACAAGGUUGUGGUGACUGGUGCUGUGAUGUUUGUGACAUAGAGCUGUGCAGAGGGAGAGCCGCCCUCUCCGCCCGCCCGCCCUGCCGUGUGAAUGUGCACAUCAGAGCCCCUCAGGCGCAAGCCCCCACCCCGCAGAGACACUGGGCGUGGGCAGAGUCGAGCUGCUCCCACCCCCUGCAAUGCACUGAAACAGGCCCGGCUGACUGCUGCACACGCAUCCCGGGGCCACCCAGACCCGCCGCACGCACACACACUUGUACACACUCACACACGAAGCCAGGAGCCAAGGCAGCCUCGAGGCUGCCCCCCCCCCGACCCUGAGCAGGGCAUCCUUUCCCCCAUGGGCUUUAUAGGACACCUCCAAGGCGCUGCAUGGCCCCUUUAGGAAAUUGAUGUUACCCUUUGGCCAAAAGAUGGUGCCUUCCUGCCCAUGUGAGCCAAGGAGAGACCACCGUGUGUGCCCCCCCACUGCUGUGGGCACAGGUUCAGGCCCCAGUUACCAGGCCCCACCGGUGGGGGCAGGGUGAUGUAUGUUGGCACGUGCUCUGAGCGGUACCCUGCUCCGGCCCCUUCCCCCACUGCCCAUCCUCCUGGCCCCCAGUCCCUAUUCUUAGGAAGUCAAGUCUUUGUUUCUAAAUGUCUAGACAGAGAACUACCCCCUUGAUUUCUGUUCUGUUCUCCCCAGCAGGUGGCAAGAGCCGGUAGGCAGGGGAGCUGGGGCAGGGUGUGGGCUGGAGACCCAGUGGAUAGGGCCAGCUGGCCUGCCCUGAUCCUCUGCUUUCUCCUCUUGACCCCCACCCCCACCCCCCGGAGCCCUGCUCCCUACCCUGUCCACCCAGGUCUGCAUUUGGGGGAGAGGAGCAGGGCCUAGAAGUUGUCUCAGCCCUUAGCAUCUCCAGCGAGGUCUCCUCGGUCUUGGCCCCUCUCUUAAGCCCCAUGGCCACACAGCCAGGAGACUUUCAACCAGGCUGCCUGGGCCAUCCAAGGAGCCCUGAACCAGUCCCACCUCUGCUGCUGUUUCAGAGAACCCAGGGACCAGCCCCGGGCUGGGUUCCCCUCCCAAAGGUGCGGCCAGACCCCCGAGGACUCUCUUCCUGGAAGCCCGCAGCCCCGCACUGUCCCUGCCCACCCGCCACGUUCCGGCAGCCCCUCUGCUGUUCCCCAGGGACCUCUCAUACACUGGCCCAGGAGGCUGCGGACUGGUCCCUGCCUCCCCCUCCAAGAGGUCCCCUCUCUCUGCCAAGCCAUGGGUGGGCGGGCGGGUGGGCAGGAGGCGUGGCUCCCUCCCUGCUGGUUUUUAGAUGGUCCCUAUGUUGGAAGUAAAAAGUGAAGCACUUUAUUUUGGUUGUGUUUGAUCGAGUUCUGCUUGGAAGUGGGGACCCCUCACUGUGUCCCGUGUCUGCGACCUGUGUGGAGUGUCACCGCGUGUACAUACUGUAAAUUAUUUAUUAAUGGCUAAAUGCAAGUAAAGUUUGGGGUUUUUC